AUGAAUGACGAAGAAAAUAGCACCGUCUCUGACACGGUCCAAAAGGAAGGGGUGUAUGAGCUUCCAGACCAGCCAGAAGAGGAUGAAGGUCCUCUCUGUGAUAACAUCCACGAAGGCCUGACAGAAAACAAUGUAUAUGCCACUGAGCUGGAAAGCCAUGAACAUGACUCUGUGUCAGUUUGUGUGGCUGGGGGUGAGGAGGACAGCUUGACUUCUUCCCAACCAGAAGCAGCAGACUAUCUCCUGUCUGAUGAGGUAUGUCUUGAGUCCCAGGAUCUUCAACCAGGUGAGUGGCAGGAAGACCAGGACAUCUCGAUGGAAGAGUUACACUCACCAACCCAGGAUAAGGAGCCUGAGGAACCCCAGAAGGAUGGAGGCAUGGUGGGGGAAGACCCGCUUUCCCCCCAAAACUUCACCAUCCAACAGAGCAGGGCCUUCUUCACCAGCAAUUCUGCUGCUGAUGGUUUGGAAGAAAAUGAACCAACUUCCACGGACCCUGAGAUCAGCCUGUUUGUGAAGGCUGGAAUCGAUGGGGAAAGCAUUGGCAACUGUCCCUUCUCUCAGCGACUCUUUAUGAUCCUCUGGCUAAAAGGCGUUGUGUUCAAUGUCACCACUGUGGAUCUGAAAAGAAAGCCGGCAGACCUGCACAACCUUGCCCCUGGCACCCAUCCACCCUUCCUGACCUUCAACGGGGAUGUGAAGACGGACGUCAAUAAGAUCGAGGAAUUCCUGGAGGAGACUUUGGCUCCUGAAAAGUACCCCAAACUGGCUGCGAAGCACCGGGAAUCCAACAUGGCCGGCAUCGACAUCUUCUCCAAGUUCUCGGCCUACAUCAAAAACACAAAGCAGCAGAACAAUGCUGCCCUUGAGAGAGGCCUGACCAGGGCACUGAAGAAACUGGAUGACUACCUGAACAACCCUCUCCCAGAGGAGAUCGAUGCCAACACUUGCGGGGAUGAAGACAGGAGGUCCCGGCGCAAAUUCUUAGAUGGGGACGAACUGACCCUGGCCGACUGCAAUCUGUUGCCCAAACUCCAUGUGGUCAAGAUUGUGGCCAAGAAGUACCGCAACUACGAUUUCCCGGCGGAGAUGACGGGCCUGUGGCGGUACCUGAAGAACGCAUACGCGCGGGAUGAGUUCACCAACACCUGUGCAGCAGACAAGGAGAUCGAGUCGGCCUACGCCGAUGUGGCCAAGCGCCUCAGCCGGUCCUGAGCUCGGCCGCCUUGCCCCCCCCCCCCGCCCCCCGCCCGGCAGCAGAAGGACUCGGCUUCUCCCAAAGGAACUCCGGCCUCGCAGACUCCCCUUCCGCACCGCGUCG